AUGUCUCUUCCACCUCCUCAACAGUCACCCUUUCGGACAGACAUCCUCGCUGGUCAGGUGGCUCUCAUCACUGGCGGAGGCUCUGGCAUUGGUCGCGAGAUCACACGGCAGCUAGGUAGUCUGCAUGGAGCAGCAGUGGCAAUCAGUGGCAGGCGGCAGCAAGUGCUGAAUGAUGCUGUUGCUGCCCUUCAGGAUGAGGGCAUCGACGCCAUGGGCCUGCAGGGGGAUGUGAGGAAGGCUGCGGACUGCGAGCGGUGGGUGCAGGAGACCACUGCGCGCUUCGGCCGCCUCGAUGUGCUCAUCAACUGCGCAGCCGGCAAUUUCCUGGCGUCUGCAGAGGAGCUGACCGUGAACGGAUUCAGGACAGUGAUGGAGAUCGACGCUAUUGGGACGUUUGCCGUGUCUCGCGCUGCGUUCCCUGCUCUUCGCGCGCGUGGCGGCUCCAUCGUCAACAUCAGCGCCACGCUGCACUACGGCGCCACCUGGUGGCAGGCGCACGCAUCGGCUGCCAAAGCGGCGGUGGACAGUCUCACGCGAAGCCUGGCGGUUGAGUGGGGAGCCUUUGGAGUGCGCGUGAAUGGCAUCGCCCCAGGGCCGACCGGCGGCACUGCAGGGGUGUCGAAGCUGGCAGGGGUGGAUGCAUCGGAGGAGGAGGUGAACGAAUUGGUGGCAGCCACAAUCCCCAUCGGUCGAGUAGGCUCCAAAUGGGACAUUGCCAUAGCUGCAGUGUUCCUCUGCUCUUCCGCCGCACGCCACAUCACAGGUGACACACUUGUGGUGGAUGGAGCUGCAUGGAUGUGGAGGCAGCCGGCGGUGCCUAGGGAAUUUGUCAGCAAAGCCUCAAGGGGCGUCGAGGCGAAGAGCCGCGCCGUGGGUCUCUCGGGGCCGGGGCAGCAACGGAGCAAGCUGUGA